CCGGCGGCGCCCGCGCAGCCCCCGCACCGCGGCUCGGCCGCGCAUGGACGCGCGCUCCCGCCUGCACCUAUGCUGCUUGGAGAUGACAAGCAAAAGGAAGCUCAUCGGCCGCCUGGUGCCGUGCCGGUGUUUCCGCGGGGAGGAGGAGAUCGUCUCCGUGCUGGAUUAUUCCCACUGUGGCCUGCAGCAGGUGCCAAAGGAGGUCUUCAACUUCGAGAGGACCCUGGAGGAGCUUUACCUCGAUGCCAACCAGAUUGAGGAGCUUCCCAAGCAACUGUUCAACUGCCAAGCCCUGCGGAAGCUGAGCAUCCCCGACAACGACCUGUCCAGCCUCCCGACGUCCAUCGCCAGCCUGGUCAACCUCCGCGAGCUCGACAUCAGCAAGAACGGAAUCCAAGAUUUCCCAGAAAACAUUAAGUGUUGUAAGUGUUUAACAAUAAUUGAAGCCAGCGUCAACCCCGUGUCCAAGCUGCCAGAUGGCUUCACACAACUUCUAAAUUUGACCCAGCUCUAUCUAAACGAUGCCUUUUUGGAGUUUCUUCCAGCUAACUUUGGAAGACUUGUCAAAUUGCGAAUUUUGGAGUUAAGAGAAAACCACUUGAAAACUCUACCAAAGUCAAUGCACAAACUGACUCAGCUGGAGAGGCUCGAUCUGGGCAAUAAUGAGUUCUCUGAGCUGCCUGAGGUUCUUGAGCAAAUCCAGAAUCUGAAGGAGCUGUGGAUGGACAAUAAUUCCUUGCAAGUGCUACCUGGGUCUAUAGGGAAGUUAAAACAGCUCGUGUACCUGGAUGUGUCCAAAAACAGGAUCGAGACGGUCGACCUGGACAUCUCAGGCUGUGAGGGGCUGGAGGAUCUCCUCCUCUCCUCCAACAUGCUGCAGCAGCUGCCAGAUUCCAUAGGAUUGUUGAAGAGACUGACAACUCUGAAAGUGGAUGACAACCAGCUCACCAUCCUGCCCAAUGCCAUUGGGAACUUGUCCCUGCUGGAGGAAUUCGACUGCAGCUGCAACGAGUUGGAGUCGCUGCCCUCCACCAUCGGGUACCUGCACAACCUGCGCACCCUGGCCGUGGACGAGAACUUCCUCCCGGAGCUGCCCAGAGAAAUUGGGAGCUGUAAGAACGUGACUGUGAUGUCCCUGCGCUCCAACAAACUGGAAUUUCUGCCUGAUGAGAUUGGCCAGAUGCAGAAGCUGAGGGUGUUAAAUCUGAGUGAUAACAGACUGAAGAAUUUGCCCUUCACUUUUACCAAACUCAAAGAACUGGCAGCCUUGUGGCUUUCUGACAACCAGUCCAAGGCUCUGAUCCCGCUGCAGACCGAGGCGCACCCCGAGACCAAGCAGCGCGUGCUCACCAACUACAUGUUCCCCCAGCAGCCCCGCAGCGAUGAAGAUUUCCAGUCUGACAGUGACAGCUUUAACCCCACGCUGUGGGAGGAGCAGAGGCAGCAGAGAAUGACUGUGGCCUUUGAAUUCGAGGACAAGAAGGAAGAGGAGGAGAAUCCAGGGAAAGUCAAGGUUGAGAUAAACCUCAAACGUUACCCCACGCCGUACCCCGAGGAUCUGAAGAACAUGGUGAAAUCUGUGCAGAACCUGGUGAGCAAACCCAGCCUGGGCGUGCGGCCCGAGAACUCGGCCCCGGCCGCCAACACCGACCCCACGGGCAAGGACAAGUACGAGCACAAGUGGCCCCUGACCCCCAAGGAGAUCUCCGUGGAGGAUGCCUUUGGACAUCCUGGCAGCGAGAUGAGGAUAGGGGAGCUCCGUCCUUCCAUGCCCGAGACGCCGCUCUACCCCCCAAAACUCGUCCUGCUGGGUAAAGACAAGAAAGAGUCGACAGAUGAGUCUGAAGCAGAUAAGAUCCAUUGUCUGAAUAACAGCGUUUCCUCAGGCACUUACUCAGACUAUUCCCCUUCCCAGGCUUCCUCAGGGUCCUCCAACGCGCACGUAAAAAUGGGCUCCCUGCAGACCACGGCUAAAGAAGCAGUGAAUAACUCUUUGUGGGGGAACAGGCUGGCCCAGUCGUUCCCACAGCCCCUGGAGACCAAGCCAUUGCUGAGCCAGCGGGAAGCGGCUCCGGCCGGGAACGUCCCGGCGCGCCCGGAGCGGCGCCCGCUGAGCGACGCCUUCGCCGACAGCUGGAACGACAGCUCCCACUACGACAACACGGGAUUCGUGGCCGAGGAGAGCGCGGCAGAGAACGCCAGCACCAACCCCCUGCUGAGCACCAAAUCCAGGAGCUCCUCCGCCCACGGGCGCCGGCCGCUGAUCCGGCAGGACAGGAUCGUGGGGAUCCCCCUGGAGCUGGAGCAGCCCGCGCUCAGAAACACACACGACUCUGAAGUGCCUCCUCCCAAUCCUUGGCAAAAUUGGACCAGAACCCCCAGUCCUUUUGAAGACAGGACAGCUUUUCCUUCCAAACUGGAAAGCACCCCCAACACCAGCCCUUUGCCCGAGCGGAAAGAUCACAUCAAGGAGUCUCCCGAAAUGACGAGCACUUUCACUCCAGGAAUUCCGUGGGAAUAUCACGACGCCAACGCCAACAGGAGCCUCACAAAUGUCUUUUCCCACAUGCACUGUCGCCCAGACCCUUCCAAAAACGUCAUCUCCAUCAGCAAGAGCACGGAGCGGCUCUCCCCGAUGAUGAGGGAUCUAAAAACGAACAAGUUUAAGAAGUCGCAGAGCAUCGACGAGAUCGACAUCGGUGCGUACAAGGUGUACAACAUCCCCCUGGAAAACUAUGCAUCCGGGAACGACACCGUGGGCCCCCACGAGAGGGUGGACAAGCUGCUGGGCCCGGAGCACGGCGUGCUGAGCAUGUCCCGCAGCCAGUCCGUGCCCAUGCUGGACGACGAGCUGCUGACCUACGGCAGCGUCAAGGUGCAGCCGCAGCACAAGGCGUCGGUCACCAAGAAGGUUUAUCAGUUCGACCAAAGCUUCAACCCCCAGGGCGCCGUGGAGCUCCCGGCCGACAAGCGGCUCCUGCCGCCCUUCCAGCUCAACGCCGAGUACCUGCCCCAGCCGGCCAAGAGCCUGCCCCAGGAGCUGGUGAGCCCGCGGGGCUACCGCGGCUACGCGCCCGUGGAGCCCAUGUUCUCCUUCUCGCAGCCCUCGGUGGGCGAGGAGCCGGCGGCCGCCCCGUUCCCCGGCCCGGCCGCGCGCCCCGGCUUCCUGCGCAGGGCGGAUUCGCUGGUCAGCUCGGCGGAGAUGUCGGUGUUCCGCAGGGUGGGCGAGCCCCAGGAGCUGCCCCCGGCGGACAGGUACGGCCGGGCCCCGUUCCGCGGCGCCCCGGAGCGCCAGGGCAGCAUGGCCGUGCCCGAGGCCCAGUUCCUCAAGCGCAACGGGCGCUACGAAGACGAGCACCCUUCCUACCAGGAAGUGAAAGCCCAGACCGGGAGCUUCCCAGUUAAAAACCUCACGCAAAGGAGGCCCCUGUCGGCACGAAGCUACAGCACAGAGAGCUACGGCACGGCCCAAACGCGGCCGGUCUCAGCGAGGCCCACCAUGGCAGCUCUGCUGGAAAAGAUUCCGUCAGACUAUAACUUGGGUAACUAUGGCGACAAGCCUUCCGAUAGCAGUGAUAUAAAGCCGAGGCCUCCCCCUGGGAAGGGAAAUGAGAGCUGUGCUAAAAUGCCCGCUGACUGGAGACAACAGCUACUUAGACAUAUAGAAGCUAGAAGGUUAGACAGGAGCGCUGCUUACAAACACCACACAGUUAGCCUUGGCAUGCUGCACUCUGGAGGGGUUUCAGCCAUGCAUGCCGGCCGAAGCAUGACUUUAAACUUGCAGCCUAAAUCUAAAUUUGAAAACCAAAUGCUUCAAGAGCUACCUCUACCGAAAACCCCGUCGCAGCAGAGCAGCCUCCUGGACAACGGGCAGGACGAGGUGGCCGUGGGCAGCCCCUGGACCCCGUACCCGCUGGGCCGGCGGGACGUGCCCCCCGACACCGUCACCAAGAAGGCAGGUAGCCACAUCCAGACGCUGAUGGGCUCGCAGAGCCUGCAGCACCGGAGCCGGGAGCAGCAGUACGAGGGCGGCAUGAACAAGGUGACCAUCCAGCAGUACCAGCCCCCCCUGCCCAUCCAGAUCCCGUCCUCGCAGGGCUCCCGGGCCCCCCAGCCCCAGCGGUGCCUCAUCCAGACCAAGGGCCAGCGCAGCACCGACGCCUACCAGGAGCAGUUUUGUGUGAGGAUAGAGAAGAAUCCUGGCCUUGGGUUUAGUAUCAGUGGUGGAAUAAGUGGACAAGGAAAUCCAUUCAAACCUUCUGAUAAGGGUAUCUUUGUUACUAGGGUUCAGCCUGACGGCCCUGCCUCCAGCCUGCUCCAGCCCGGAGACAAAAUCCUCCAGGCCAACGGACACAGCUUUGUACACCUGGAACACGAGAAGGCUGUGCUCCUACUGAAGAGUUUCCAGAACACAGUAGACUUAGUUAUCCAACGUGAGCUUACUGUCUAAAUAUUUUUUUAUAAAUAGUAAAUAUGUCUAGCCAGAUCUAAUGUUCAAAAGGAUUUAUACAUAGGAAACCAAUUUUUUGCCAAUUGCUGGACCAAUGGCAAACAGUAGUGCCAAAUGUAUAAUACUCUAUGUUAGUACCAAUCAUCGGGAGAAAAUAUAAGAAUUAACUCUAUAAAUAUAUUGUUCAUGUGGCUCCGUAUUAGUUUUACUUGUCAGCCUCUGGCUGUGCAUUGGUGCGUUUUUUUAACCAAGUUCCUUCUUAAAAGUCAAUUUCAUAUGAUUUCAAAACACAGAAGCACAUACAAAUCCUUUAGGAAUUCUGCUGUCCAUCAGAAACACUGCCUCAAAGUUGUAUAUGCCUUUAUAAAGAUGAAAUAUAUUAACCUGUACUUCCCAUGAAAUAUUUCUAUCAUGUCGCAUACGAAAGUAUAGAGAAGAAAAUAUUUUCAUAAACACCUCAAAGAAAGUAUAUAUUAAAUUAAAUUUAAUAAUGUUCAUUUAUUUUCAAUGCAAAGAUAUUCUAUGCCUUAUGAAAAUACCUGUACAUAUGCCGUGUGUAUAGCUGGCUCCGUAGGGAUCAGGAACAAUUCACUACACAGGGUGAGAGACUUCUCCAGCUGUAACUCUGGGACCUCGGGACAAGGAACCCACGUGGGAAUGGGAUGGCUCCCUCUGGAAUGGGAUAACUCCCUCUGGAAUGGGA